CCGUUUCAAAUCCGCUCUUCUUGUAUCUAACAACCACCUGAACCAUUUGUCACUGCAAAUUGAAGACCAAUCUCCUUCCUCUCCCUCUCUGUAAACAGUUCAAAGUCAUCACCCUUUACCGAUUACUAGACUAGAAACCCUAGCUUAGUAUAAUCAGUGCCAAGUUCCCUGUUCCUUUCAAUUUCUAGUCAAGUUUUUUGUGCUAAUGGAGAUGGAUUCGAUGGCUAGCUGCAAGGAAAAGUUGGCAUAUUUUAGAAUUAAAGAGCUUAAGGAUAUUUUAUCUCUGUUGGGUCUUUCAAAGCAAGGGAAGAAGCAGGAUCUAAUGGACAGAGUUAUAGGUUUGCUCUCGGACGAUGAAAUUUGCUCUGCUCGCCGCUUAGCAAGGAAAAAGCAGAUUGGAAAGGAAGCUGUAGUGAAAAUAAUUGAUGAUGCUUACAGAAAAAUGCAGAUAAUGGAUGCAUCAGAUUUAGCAGCCAAGGCUCCAAGUGGCUUAGAUAUUACGAGUGUCACAGAAGAAGUUGAAGAUUUCAUUACUCCGGGGAAGACGAUUCGUUGUCCUUGUGGAAGUUCGCUGCCUACCGAGUUCAUGAUACAGUGUAUAGAUUCAAAAUGUCAAGUACAGCAACAUAUUAGUUGUGUCAUUUUUACAGAGAUCCCUAUGGAGAGUGAACAUCCACCUGUAUUUUACUGUGAAACAUGUCGAAUUGAACGAGCAGAUCCGUUCUGGGUUACUGUGGCACAUUUAUUAUUUCCUGUGAAGUUACCGAGUUCAAAUAUUUCAAUAGAUGGUAAUAACACAUUGCAGAAUGUGGAAACAACAUUUCAGUUGACAAGAUCAGAUCAACACCUACUAAAGAAUUGUGAAUAUGACGCUCAGGCUUGGUGCAUGCUUCUCAACGAUAAAGUUUUGUUUAGGAUGCAGUGGCCACUUUAUGCAGAUUUACAGGUUAAUGGUAUGCCUGUGAAAACGCUUAAUAGACCGGGAUCACAAUCUCUGGGUGCCAGUGGCCGUGAUGAUGGUGCCCUAAUCAAAUCAUGCAUUGGAGAGGGAAUCAAUAGAGUUUCUUUAUCUGGAUGUGAUUCUCGUGCUUUCUGCUUUGGCAUUAGACUCGUAAAGCGACAAACAGUUGAACAGGUUCUCAACCUGAUUCCUAAAGAUGGUGAGCCUUUUGAAGAUGCACUUGCUCGUGUUUGUCGUUGCAUUGGUGGUGGGAUGGGUGCCUCAAACGAAGAUAGUGAUAGCGAUCUGGAGGUGAUUGCAGAAGCAAUUAUAGUUAAUCUCCGCUGUCCUAUGAGUGGCUCUAGAAUGAAGAUUGCUGGCAGAUUUAAACCUUGUGUUCACAUGGGCUGUUUUGAUCUUGAAACUUUUGUGAAACUAAAUCAACGCUCGCGCAAGUGGCAGUGUCCCAUUUGUCUUAAGAACUACUCCUUGGAGGAUAUUGUCAUUGAUCCUUACUUCAACCGCAUUACGACAAUGAUGGGUCAUUGUGAAGAAGACAUAACUGAUAUUGAGGUGAAACCUGAUGGUUCCUGGACUGCAAAGACCAAAGUUGAGAUUGGUGAUCUUGGGCAAUGGCAUUUUCCCGAUGGUUCUCUUUGUGCUUUUAUGGAUGAAGUUACUUCCUGUUAUGAAAUCUCAAGGCAGAUUGAGAAGGGAGAUGGCUUGAAAGCACAUGGUAGUCCUGAAAUCGGAAUUAAGAGUAAUUUCGGUGGAAUGAUGCAAGGAAGAAAACAUCAGCUUGCUUUUUGUUCCUCGAAGAAUCAAAUUGAGGGAAAUUUUGUGAAUCAAGGGCAAAGGACAAAAACAAUGAGCAGUAGCAUCACUGGAAGUAGCAAAUACGAAGAGGACCCAAGUAUAAACCAGGAUUACAGUGGGCAUGUUGAAAUAUCUCCCAGUAAUGUCAAUGAGAUCAACUCUAUUUGUCAUUAUUUUGACCCAACACUUGCAAUAAACAAUGGUAGUUUUGUGCCAUCAAGGAAUGCUGACAUCAUUGUUCUUAGCGAUUCUGAUGAAGAGAAUGUCAAUUUAGUUCCUCCUGAAACCGUCUAUGAUACUUGCCCAGUAGAUGGGAGUUGUUCUUCAUUGGUUGCCAAUCCUGGAAUAGCAGACUCAUACUUGGAAGAUCUAGCACUUGAUGCAGGUGCUGAUUCUUGUUUUGAUCUCUUCGAUACAGGUGUGAAUGAUGUUGGGAUGUCCAGCUGGUCCUUUUCUUCUGGUAUUCAAGCUGGUGCCCAUUUCCAACUAUUUAAUACGGACUCAGAUGUAUCAGAUGCUUUUAUUGAUCUGGAGCAUUCUUCCAUCAGUUGUGCUGCUCCAAUGAAUGGUAGCACAUUGGCAUCAACGCCAACUAUAACUUCUGGCGGUGAAGUCCCAGAUUCUUUGGCCUGUGUUGCCAAUGUUGAUAUGGAUGUUGGCUUGGUUGAUAAUCCAAUGAGAUUUGUUAGUGAGGACCCCUCAUUACAAACAUUUCUCCCAACUCAACCUGUGCAGCCUGACUUGGUAAUCCAGCCUCCUGUAUCUAAUCCUGUCCCUACUGAGGAUUGGAUUUCCCUUAGGCUUGGCAGCACCAAUGAGAGUUUUGGCAGUCACACCAUGGAUCGACCGCACCGUGCUGCCAGAGAUGGGGUAGAUUUGAGAAACCAGUUAGGAUUAAAUCAAGGUGUUAACUUUGGGGCCUUUGCAGCUACUUCAGUUGCAGCUCUAAAUGAUGAAGCUAGGUCUAAUGGGAAAUAUAACAAGAAAAUUUCAGAUGGCCCUUUCUCAUUUCCUCGCCAGCCACGGUCGGUGAGACAACGUGUUUAUUCUCAAUAGAUGUUGACCAACAAGAAGGGCUUGGACUUUGUUUGAUUCAUCUGGAAGGCUAAUAGCUGCCAACACGAUUCUCCUUAUUCGUGUCAUUUAGUCUUUUUUCUAGAGAAGGAAGCAAGUCAUUUUUUUCUAGCGUGUGCAUGUGAAGCCUAUUGGAUUGACACUGACGUGCCACGUGAUUUUACGGCAGUAACGGAUCUGCUUUAUUUAAUGGUACCCUAUUUUGAUCCAUUAUUCGAUCUUGGCGUCGAAGAUUUGUCAGGGAGUUACAGACAGCUGGAGAAAUUUGCUUAUAUUCUCUGUUUGUGGCUACCAGUGAAGCCAUGGGAUAAGACAGGAUGAUGAGUGCUGAGGGGAAAAUAUUUAUUGCUUUACCAUGUUGAUAGGGUGAAAAAAUGGGAUAGAAGUUGUGCAGCAAAAAACUUACAUUGAUCUCCAGAUGAAUGUGGAAGGAGAUGAAUAACCAACAGAAAGUGAGGCAGAUUGCCCUUCAUUGCUUGAAUUGGUUAAAUUUGAUUUCCAUAUUUGGGAACUGCGACGUUGUAACACUGGAAGGCAUGCAAUAUGAUUCCAGGUUAUCACUGAACCCAACAGCAAGCAAGCAGACUGCAUUGAACAGUGAAAGAGGCCGGUUCAUUGCAUGGCUAGCAGGUGUGUUUUUUUGAAAAGUCAGUUGUAGGCUUGUAUGGGAUUUUGUCGGAGGAAGCGAGUGGCCCUUAAUAUGAUUUGUGGGAAUUUUGUUCUAACAUCUUUCCUUGGGGCUGCAUUGAUUAGUGAAUUUUGCCGUCAUGGAUAUUUAUCAGAUCAUCAAAUUUAAAUUGUUUGUUUGAUAAAAAAUGCAGACAAGUUGGGCAUUCAGAUGAUAA